GGAAAGUGACCACGCGCGCCCGCAGCUGGCUGCUCGCUCUCGGUGCGUAACAGAUGAAGCCGAUUUGACCACCAGUGGGAGAGAAAGAAAGAUUGUAUUUUGGGGGAAAAGAUCGAGGAUACAUUCAGAUUAUUUUUAUUUUAAUCUGCAAUGAGAACUGAACAAAGUGAAAAUGGAGAAAACUCUACGAAGUCGCUGAAAAUGCUGAUGGAGCAGCUGAAGGAAAUCACCGGGGUCCAGGACCAGCAAGUUCUCUUCAAAGCCCUGAAGGCCAGCCAGGGGGACGUUGGACAUGCUGUGGGACUACUGACAACCCAGAAUGUGGAGAUUCAGGAUUCUGCAGAGCCUCAGGAGUCAGGGACAUCUGCAGAGACCUGGGACAGCAAGAGAGGACUUCCCAAAGAUGAACUGCAGACGGCCAUUGAACUCAGUUUGCAGGAAUCCCACAACGCAGAGCAAGAAGAGCGAGAAUUCAACAGAGCUCUGGAGGCCAGUGCAGAAGAAAAUGCAGUGAGAAUGAAAAGAAAGAGAUGUGAAGCGCAAAGUGAGAUGUGCAGCCCUGCAGACUGGAUUCGUCAGGACGACUGGCCCGUUGGAAUCCGCAACGUAGGAAACACCUGCUGGUUCAGCGCUGUCAUCCAGUCUCUGUUCCACUUACCCGUCUUCAGGAGGCUGGUUCUCAACUACCGUCUGUCAGAAGAAGUUCUGGAGAGGUGUAAGAGCCAUGCAGACAAGAGGAACAUAGCCUUCAUGCAGGAGCUGCGGUGCCUUUUCGCCCUGAUGGUGGGAUCAACCCGCAGGUUUGUGGAUCCCUCUGCUGCGGUGGAGUUGCUGCGGGAAGCCUUUAGGACGAGCGAGGCCCAGCAGGAUGUCAGUGAGUUUUCCCACAAAUUGCUCGACUGGUUAGAGGAUGCGUUUCAACUAGCAGCAAAUGGAACGAAUGCAGAAGACAAGCAGCAAAACCCACUGGUCCAACUUUUCUACGGCACCUUCGUGACAGAGAGGCGACAUGAAGGCAAGACUCUGUACAACAUUGAGCAGUUUGGUCAGUAUCCUCUGCAAGUCAAUGGCUUCAACAACCUUGAUGAAUGCCUGGAAGGCGCAAUGGUUGAGAAGGAGAUCGAAUCGCUGCACUCGGAUCAUGUGGCAACAUCUGGACGAGAGAGAUGGUUUAAAAAACUGCCGCCGGUCCUGACCUUUGAGCUGUCUAGAUUUGAGUUCAACACUCAGCUCGGGCGUCCUGAGAAGAUACACAAAAAAUUAGAGUUCCCACAAAUCGUCUACAUGGACAGAUAUCUUCAUAAAAACAUAGAACAGACCAAUGAGAGGAGAGGGGAAGUGAAGAAGCUUAAGGAGCAACUGGCCGUCUUUCAACAGAAACUUGAGUGUUACAAGAACUAUGGCUCAGGACCUAUGAAGUAUCCUCUGGCCGAUAUGCUUCAGUUUGUUCUGGAGUUCGCCUCCACCCGACCCACCAGCGUUUCCCCGGCUGAAGACCCGAGACUCGCAUCGUCUUCGCCGACUCCUGCAAACCCACCCGUCUCUGAAGCCGUUGCCAAAGACAGCAGCGAAUCUGGAGAUAAAGACGUCUCAGACGACCUUUUCUCCAGUGUUUCCAGCUGCCAGCAGACGCCCAUUUACAAGCCUUUCACCCAGUGUAAGCACCCAUCUGACUGCCCACCACACCCAGCGCCUCACAGCGCCACUGAAGAAGAGCUGCACUUUGUUAAGACCUGCCUGCGACGCUGGAGGACUGAAGUAGAGCACGACAUAAAUGAGCUAAAGACCAGCAUAGACAAGCUCACACAGACAUUGGAGGGCAUGUACUCUGACAACAGUCUCUGCCAGGUGCCCUACAGACUACACGCAGUGCUUGUUCAUGAAGGUCAGGCAUCAGCAGGUCAUUACUGGGCUUACAUCUAUGACCACGCUAACCAGCGCUGGAUGAAGUACAACGACGUCAGCAUUACAGAGUCUUCGUGGGAGGAGCUUGAAAGAGACUCCUUUGGUGGGAUGACCAACGCCAGCGCAUACUGCCUGAUGUACAUUGAUGACAGGCUACCUCAGCUGAUCACAGAAGACACAGAUGAUGAGACAGGCCAGGUACUUCAUGGCAUGGACUCGCUGCCGGCCGCCCUCAGACGCUUCGUUCAGGAAGAUAACCGAUGGUUCCAGCGAGAGCUCAGCGAAUGGGAAGAGCAGUUCUGCCAGACUGCCACCCCACAGGAAGAGUCUGCCACCGUGGCGGAGCCUCCGAGCUCCUCUGUGGAGAAAACACAGCAAACACCUGUGGAGCCGGCACCACAGUCUGGACCGUCCACUGAAGAGCUGGACCAAGGAGCCGUUUUAGGGCCACAGUCAGGCGCAGAAGAGGAGAAAGCUGCAGACUGUGAUGCAAGGGCGACCUCUGAAGCAGAAGCUCCUGAGAUUUUGCCCCCAUCUGCAAGUCCAGAAUGCCGAGCAGAUGCAACCGACACCCCUGCAGUCAGCGACACCCUGGAAUCAAGCCCAAAGUCAGCUGAGCUGCAGAGUCAGACCUCUGGUUCCGAUGCAGAGGUUAGUAAUCCGGAACCGUCUGGACUCCACAUGCACGCGGAGGUGGCAGGACUGAGCUCCGAGACAAAUGAUGAACCGGGAGCAUCUGGUGAGGCUGCUGGACUGGAAGCAGAUCCGGAAAACGAGGGGCAACACCGGGAGCAGGAGGAGGUCCCAGCGAGGCAGAGGCAGGCUGAGAAUGAAGUGUCAGAGGUGGAGAUCCCCAAUGUGGGGAGGAUCAUGGUGAGGGCGGAUGCUGAUGGAUACAACGAGGAGAUGAUGCUCACUCCAGCUAUGCAAGGUGUCAUCCUGGCCAUAGCCAAGGCCAGACAAACGUUUGACAAAGAGGGCCCUGAGGCUGGCCUCAUCAGGGCCUUUCAUGAGGAGUAUUCCCGCCUGUAUGAACUCUCCCAGGAGGAGAUCACGCCCCAGGAGGAUGCCCGUCUGCAGCACGUUCUGGUCUACUUCUUUCAAAACAAAGCGCCCAAGCGUGUCAUUGAGAGGACGCUGCUGGAGCAGUUUACAGACCGCAACCUCAGCUUUGAUGAAAGAGCCAUCAGCAUAAUGAGGGAAGCUCGGGCCAAGCUCCGCCUCAUUAAGCCAGAAGACAUGGACAUGGAGGAAUACAUGCAGUGGCAUGAUGACUACAGGGACUUCAGGACGGUGUUUGUUUAUCUGCUGACUGGCUUGGAGCAAUAUCAGCACGGAAAGAUACGAGAGGCUUUGAACUACUUGGCACAUGCAUAUGAGACCAAUGCUGUCCUGCUGGGAAAGGGAGACAAAUGUGGUUUGGACAAGGCUCUUAUUUCAUUGUACAGAAGAAAGUGCCUCAUUGCUCUGAAUGACAGCGCAUCGCGCCUAUUCUGCAGCGGGGAGGAGAGCAAAGUGGAGGAGGCUCUUUCCAUCAUGGACGAAGCUGUCAUUCCCUGCCUUCACCUGAUGAGCCGGGAUACGGCGUUAUCUCAGGAGGACCGGGAUGCAAUGGAGAAUAUACGCAGCCACUGGUGCUGCUGCCUGGGUCAGGACUUGGAUGAUUCAUUGCAGGUAAAGCUGAGUGAGUUGCUGCCGCGGGUCCUUAAUGGUUCCACCGGCACGGUUCUACUAAAAGAUCCACCAAAAGUCCACGUCAACCAGGCCCACGACCUGUGCAGCCGCCUGGCUGCCCUUAUGGAGUCUAUUCACAACACCACAGUAGUAACUGUCAAGUAAAUUCUUGAUGGAAAAUCUAGAAGACGCUGUGAGCGGCGGCGGCGGCAUGCAGCAGAGCAGUCUGUGCUGAUAGGACAGUAGGGUUUACACCAGCAUGUAGUAAUUUAUUAUUUGAUGGCUCUGAACUGCAUACAAGUAGAACAUUUAUUGCGCUGUAUACUUUGCAAUCACUCAUUGUGGUUGAAUAGGAGAUCCUGCACAAAUACAUGCAAAUGAAGAAUAGAAAAGAACUGAUUCUGAAGUUUCUGAAGAAAUAAUCCAGUCUUUUUCAGUCUGCUUUUACCCUGCUACCCUAAUAGCAACACACAUCAAUCACUAAAAUACUAACAGUCUUUAAAGUCUCUCAACCGUUUAAAGGCAAAAUAAAAUAUGCCCAAAUGGCAACCGGUUUCUGCUCUACAAACAUUUGAGGAUAUUUUUUAGUGACUAAUAUUUGGUUGUAUUGACUUGUUUUACACCUAAAUCUAUCGUAAAGGUGCAGGGAUGGGAUAAAGUGCUCAGCCAUGUACCUGAGUCCUGAGUCCUCGGGUCUGAGGAGACUGGUGUAAAGCGUAAAAGCAUAGUCGUAGUAAAACGAAAUGCAGAUCUUUUUAAAUCCAUAAAUUAAAGUGCUUUGUUCUUGUCCCAGUUGUAGAAAAAAUAAACAUAUAAGAGAUUUCA